CCCAUCAUCUUCCCUUCCUCAUAAAUCAUAAUACUUCCCCUCUUCUUCUCACAACUUCUAUUACUUUUCCCCAAAUUUUCUUCUAGUCUCUUCAUCUUUUAAAUUGGGUUUGGUUCUCUUUUUGAGUUACCAAAACUAAUGCUAUUGUGAUUUGUGAAGAAAGUUAAGAGAAGGAAAUGAUGAAAGAGAAUAACAUUAACACAAGUAAUAACUUAAAUAAUGGUGGGUAUAGAAAAGGAGGAGGUGGUGGUGGUGCUGGUGCUGGAGCAGCAUCACCAUGUGCAGCAUGUAAGCUUCUUAGGAGAAGAUGUGCACAAGAUUGUGUGUUUGCUCCUUACUUCCCUGCUGAUGAACCUCACAAAUUUGCUAAUGUUCACAAAGUUUUUGGUGCUAGCAAUGUCAACAAAAUGCUUCAGGAAUUACCGAUGCAUCAACGAGGCGACGCGGUGAGCAGUAUGGUAUACGAAGCGAACGCGAGAGUCCGCGACCCGGUUUAUGGGUGUGUAGGUGCAAUAUCAUCACUGCAACAACAAAUUGAUGUUUUGCAAACUCAACUAGCAAUUGCACAAGCUGAAGUUGUUCAUAUGAGGAUGAGAUCACAGACAUCAUCAUCAAUUACUAAUCUCACUAUUAACUCAUCGGCAACAAAUGAACAACAAGCUGCUUCUGCUCUUUGGUCUUGUUAACACAUCAAAUUAACAAGGAAGAAUUUUAGUUAAUUAAACUCUUUUAUCUUUUUUUUUUCUUUUGCUUUACUAUAAUACUAGUAGUUUGUUUAAAUUAAUAUAUAUGUAAGAAAUUAAAAAAACAUCUCUCUAAUUUAUACUUUGUCUUUAGAGAUGAUGAUUAUAUUAAGUAAAAUCAAACCCACUUAGUUGUAGGGGAAUGAGUUAGAGAGGAAGUUUGGAGUAAGUGGAAAUGAAUUAUUAUCAUUGAUAAUAAUUCUAUUGUAGAUAUAUAAAGAUCUAAUAUAAAUACAUGUAUGUUUAAUUAUUUUAUGA